AUAUAUAACAACUCAGCAUAUGUAAUGCCUCAAGAAAGCAACAAUGGGAAGAAUUCAGCAACAGCAGCAAUGGAUAGUGCAGAUUGUGAUUUUCCUGAUUUUUGUGCUCAGAGUUGAAAGCCAAUCUGUUCAUAUUUCUUAUCUUGAGAGUGCUGUCGCAAAAGGGGCUGUGUGUUUGGAUGGAAGUCCUCCAGCCUACCAUUUUGAUAGAGGAUUUGGAUCAGGGAUUAAAAAUUGGUUGAUUUGGUUUCAGGGAGGAGCAUGGUGCAACACUGUUGCCGACUGCCUCGACCGGAGUAAAAGCUAUAUAGGUUCUUCGAAGUUCAUGAAUAAAACCAUCGAGUUUGCCGGAAUUCUCUCAAACAAGGCUACAAAAAACCCCGAUUUUCAUAAUUGGAAUCGAAUCCAAGUUAAUUACUGCGACGGAGGAUCGUAUACCGGCGAUGUCGAAGAAGUGGAUCCGUUUACGAAUCUUCACUUUAGAGGAUCAAGGAUCUUCGAUGCUGUAGUCGAAGAAUUUUUAGGUUUAGGAAUGGUCGAUGCCCAUAAUGUGCUAAUCUCCGGAAGCUCGGCAGGAGGAUUGACAACGAUGCUCCAUUGCGAUAAAUUCAAAGAACUUCUCCCCUGGACCAUCCACGUAAAAUGCUUGGCAGACGCCGGCUAUUUCCUACAUGUAAAUACUAUUUCGGGAGCUCCUCACUUCGAAAGUUUUUACGCUGAAGUCGUUGCAUUGCAUGGAUCAGCCAAGAAUUUGCCAUCUUCGUGUACUCGGAGAAUGAAACCGAGUUUGUGCUUUUUCCCGGAAAAUGUGGUUCAAGAUAUUCGAACGCCCCUUUUCCUUAUAAACUCCGCCUACGAUUGGUAUCAGAUAAACUUUAUAUUCAUACCAAAUGUCUCGGAUCCUAAUGAAAUUUGGAUGAAAUGCAAGCUCAAUAUUGUCAAAUGCUCGAGAGAGGAGCUCGAGGUUUUGGACGGGUACAGAGAUAAACUUAUCAAGGCAUUGGGCAAUGCGCGCCCGUCAACGGGGAUCUACAUAAAUUCUUGCUUCGUGCAUACCCAAAUCGACGUAGACUCUUGGUUCAGUGAAGAUUCUCCCCGUUUAGCCGGAAAGAGGAUUGCCGAAGCAGCUGGAGAUUGGUAUUUUAACAGAGGUCCACUGUUCCGGGUGAUCGACUGUCCAUUCCCUUGCGACAAAACUUGUCACAACGAUGUUCUUGGAUCUCACGACCAAUCUAUAGUCGACGACGCGCUAUUUCAAGAACAUACUUAUACGUGAGAAGUGUUCUUUGGAUGAUAUACAUAUAUUAUAUGCUUCGAUGAGGAUUCAUCGAGGCUUUUAAACUAGUAAAUAAUUUGCUACCGAAAUGGAAGAGCGACGCUCUCCAAUUCGGGGGCUAUUUUUCGAUGUCAUAAUUCUCCAUGUAUUUUGCUUAUUAUUAUGUAUCGAAGAAUAUUACGUUGCUAAGUGUUGAGGACUCCCGUUUGCGGGAUAUAA